AUGCACAUCACCCUCACAGACCUCAACAUCAGUCCCACCGAAGAGGAUAUCAAGGUCUUGGACGCUCUUGUCAGACAAGUCGACCCGGACCCGGAUGUCGACAUGGAGGACACUGAAUCCAUCACCUCCAGUCAUGCGUCCAAGCAUGCUCGCAUUGAAGAAGUCACUCGUGCGGAUGUCGCUGCAGAUAGCAACCAAGAUGACAACCAGUCUAUCGACUGGGGUAGUGACAUGCGACAAACUCACCCCCACAAAAUGCGGGCACGGGAUGAGAGCACGUGA